AUGGCACCCGAUGACGGCACUGAAUGGUUGCUACAGCUGCUGACAGAGAUCCAGUUGGAGCAGUUUUACAGCAAGAUCCGCAAUGAACUCCACGUGACGCGGCCGGGCCAUUUUGAUUACGUCAGACCCUCUGACCUCGACCGCAUUGGCAUGGGGCGCCCAGGACAGAGACGGUUAGAAGACGCUUUAAAGCGACGGAAACCACCCGGGCAGCGCCCCAUGUCCUGGGUGUACAAGGUUGGUCUUUUAUCCUCCUCCGGCUUAGCAGGGAAGAGGAUGGGCAGCAGUGCCAUCUUGUCCCACAUACACCAGGCGGGUGGGCGGAAGGGCACAGAGAUGUUUGGCGAAAGUGCGUACCAUAGCCAGGACUCUACCGUCAUGCACUCCCCUGCCUUUUCUGUCCCUGUCAAGAUGUUAACUGGAGGGAAAAAUCCAGAAAACGAAGCCCCCCGCUGCCAGCCCUCCAAGCCCCCCACGGACCCUGACGUCUCCCUCAAGUGCCUGAUCAGCGAGUGGGAUUUAGCCCUGCAGGAGCGCCUCGGGGACGGCUGCUUUGGGGUGGUGCAUCGGGCCGAAUGGAACGUCCCUGGGAACGCAACGAUUCCGGUGGCAGUGAAGUCUCUGCGCUCCGACGUCUCCUCCGACCCCGGUGCCCUCAUCGACUUUUUGAACGAGGUCAACGCCAUGUGCUUCCUGGAUCACCCCAACCUCCUGCGCCUCCACGGGGUGGUGCUCACCCAACCCCUCAAGAUGGUGACAGAGCUGGCCCCCCUGGGCUCGCUGUACGACUGCGUCCGCCCUCCCUUCCCCCUCCACCGACUCUGGAGUUACGCCUUGCAGGUGGCUCAGGGCAUGGCCUACUUGGAAGCCAAACUCUUCGUCCACCGGGACCUGGCCGCCCGCAACAUCCUCCUGGCCUCUGAAGAGCACGCCAAGAUCGGCGAUUUCGGACUCAUGCGGCCGCUUGCGAGCAAGAGCGACCGCUACAUCAUGACUGCCCAUCGGCGCAUCCCGUUUGCUUGGUGUGCCCCGGAGAGCUUGCGCACGGGAGUCUUCACCAGCGCUUCGGACGUGUGGAUGUUCGGGGUCACCCUCUGGGAGAUGUUCUCCUACUGCGAAGAGCCGUGGAUGGGCUUCUCCGGGCGACAGAUCAUGCUGAAGGUGGACCGAGAGGGGGGUCGGCUGGAGCGUCCAGAGGACUGCCCCCGGGGCAUCUACGCCCUGGCGCUGAAGUGCUGGGCCCACAGCCCGGAGGAGCGACCCCGUUUCCGGGAGAUUGUCAGCUUGCUGCAAGAGCUGCGCCCCAAGGAAGUGAAGGCCGCCCAGGAGCUGAACGAGCCGGGAUGGCUGCGCCUGGAGCCAAAUGACACCAUCACGGUGAUUGAUGCCAGUCCUGAUUCUUCCAGCUGGCGAGGACAGAACAAGCGGACCCUCAAAGUCGGCAUCUUCCCGUCGUCUGUCGUGGUGCCGGAAGAAACAGCGCCCCCUUCUGGGAGCCCUCACAUUAGCCUCCCCCUUCGCAGCUCCCUUCUGCACUUGGCUCACGGGGACGUGGAGCCCGACCGGAGCUGGGGGCCCCCGACCGAAUGGAGGCUGUGUUUGCUAUUUAGGAAGAAACCAAAAGCCCCAGGGGGGAACGUCGGUGGUCAGAAACGAGCCGGGGCACAGCAGCUCCUGCGCUUGACACGCCUCUCCAAAAGUUUGGAGUCCAUUUCUGAGAUCAGCGUCCUGCGCAUCAAACCCCGGAUCACCCCCUUCAAGCCAGACAACCCCUCCGCCAUCUCCCGCAGACGUUUCAGUGACCUCCCGGGCCCUUUCCCGUCAGCCCAGCCCCCCGAGCCUCGAGCCCCCAAACUGGCCACCCGGCUCCCUAACCCAGCCCUCCCCUCCUGGGCUCUGCCCAAACCCGACUGCCCUCCAGGGCCCAGGGAGAAGGAGCUACGGCCUCCCCGGACAGCCCCCAAAGGAGCCGUGGGGCUCCCUGUGGCCCCCUCUGGUGGGCAACGACCCGUUACAGAAGUCGACAAGAAAAUCAAGGAGGUCCAAGAGCGGGUUCACGGGGUCACGAUGGAGGAAUGCCGCGAAGCCUUGCGACUGCACAACUGGGACCUCCAGAAAGCGACCCAGAUGCUGAAGGUGGACCAGCUAUUCCACAUCAGCUCCCACUCCCGGGAGGAGUGCAAAAGGAUCCUGGAGCGGCAUCGCUGGAACCUGGCUAUGGCCUCCCGCUACGUGCUCAGCAGGGGGCUGCGGGCUUGAAGGAG